AUGGAUCGAAAUCUUCCUGGAAAUCAUAAAUUUUGGUUAAAUGAAGAUGGUUCAUCUUCUAAUGAUGGAAAAAUCUUUAUAUUUGUUAAAUUAACGGAUUCAUGUAUGAAAACAAUUGAAACUUUUAUUAAAUUAAAUAAAAAACAAAAUUCAACAAAUAAAGGAAAUAUUAAAUUUAAUCUUAAUGGAGGAGAUAUAUCAAUUCCAACAACAAAUGGUGAAAGAAAAACAUAUUCAUUUAAUAUAUCACCUGAAGAUAAAACACCUGAAGUUUUUCAAUCUAUUAAACAAAUUAAUCGAGAUCAUCUUGAAAGUUGUGCUAUUAUUGAACAAAAACUUAAUAUUCAUGCCCAAGAAGAUGUUUAUAGUAUGACUAAAACAAAAGUAACAGAAUUUCAAAAAAAUGAAGAACAAACAAAAAAACAAACGAAAGAAAUAGGUGAAAGUUCACAAAUAAUAUUACAAAAAAAAACAAAUAAAUCAUCAAAUCAACGUUCAUUAACAACAACAACAACAACAACAGGAAAUAAUCCAAAACAACAAAGAAGAACAAUUAAUCGAGAACAACAUCUUAGUCCAAAUACAAAUAUUAAUACUCAAUCACUUUCUUCCGAAAGACCAUUAAGAGAACGUCUUGUCCAUUUAUUAGCUGCAAGAACAUAUAAAAAACCAGAUCUUUUACUUCGAUUAAAACAUGAUUCAUUAUUAUCAUCAAUAUCAACAUUAUCAAAAUCAGGAGAAUUUAUUAUUUUUAAAUAUAUAUUAACUAGUGGAGAAGUUAAUUAUGAUUGGCCUUUUUAUCCCAAAGGAGAAGCAUCUAUUGUUAAAAAAAAAAUAAAAGAACUUCAAGCUAAUGCAACUCGAUCAACAAUUAAUAAAACAACAAAUGAUAUUCCAAUUGUAUCAUCGGUUAGUGAUCGAUCAAAUAUAAAAAAUACAAGUUCAAAUAUUGGAAUUGUUAAUUCUCUUUGUUCAACAAAAUCAAAAUUAAAUUCAUCAUUAUCUAAUCAAACAAAUCGUUCAACAACAAAUGAUGAACGAAAUCAAUUUGAAUAUGAAGAUUCAAUAACAUCGACACAAUAUACAUUUAAUGAUCAACGAAUUCAACAAUUAUCGGAUAUGUUGGAUAAAAUCUCAAAUGCAUUAUCACAAUCGGAUAAAUCAAAUGAUCAAUUAACAAAUGAAAAUGAUUUAAUUGAUGAAUAUGAUAUAGAUGAAUAUGAAAAAGAAUAUAAUCGUCUUGUACCAGAAUAUAAUUCUUUAAUAGAUUAUCUUAAUUCUGUUUCACAAAAAUAUUCAUCAUUUCAACAACAAUUUAAUGAAGAACAGACAAAUGAAAAAGCAUCAAAAAUAGUUGAAGAAUUUCUAAAAUGUGAAAAUAAUGAUGGAUAUUUAAAUAAACGACAACGUCUUUUAGAAUUACAUAUUAAAUUAAAUAAUAUACAAAAAAUAUUUGAAAAAACUUCUCCUUAUUCAAAUCAUUUCGAUAUAUCUGAAGAUGAUGAUGAUCAUCACGAUCAUUAA